AUGUCGACCGAAUACAACUAUGACGAGCAGGGCCAGUUCUUCCCCUUCUUCUUUGUCACAGUAGCUGGUCUGGUCACGCUACCAGUGACAUACUCUCUUCUCAAACCCAGCAAAGACCUUGAAAACACAGCGACGCGAAUCGAGUCGUCCUACACGCCCGAACAUGCAGACCUCAUCGACGGACACAGGAGACGGCAAAAGAGGAGGGAGCGCAAGAUCAAGCGAAUGAUUGUGGCUGGUCUCGGAUGGACCACAAUUGCUCUGAUGGUCUACCUUAUGGCAGUGACACAACGCAGCGCACCCAAGAUCUGGGAUCCAUAUGAGAUUCUGGGCAUCCCAAUGUCAUCAACCGAGAAGCAAAUCCAGAGUCGCUACCGCCGAUUGUCAGUCACCAUGCAUCCGGACAAGGCCGUGCCUGACCCGGCAAAGAACGAGACCGUCGAUACUGUCAAUGAGCGCUGGGUCGAGGUUAUCAAGGCCUACAAAGCCCUCACGGAUGAGGAUGUGCGCAGGAACUUUAUCGAAUACGGAAACCCAGACGGCAAGCAGAGCACCAGCUUCGGCAUUGCUCUGCCUCAAUUCUUGAUCACCGAGGGCAACGGAAAGUACAUUUUGCUCGUCUACGGCGCUCUGUUGGGUAUCCUGCUGCCAUACUUUGUGGGCAGCUGGUGGUACGGAUCGCAAAAGGUUACACGCGAGAAGAUUUUGGUCAGCAGUGCUGGCAACAUGUUCAAGGAGUUCUCGGAGCGCAUCGACGACCACGGUGUUGUCAACUUGCUCAGCUCGGGUACCGAGUUUGAGGCGCUGCUUCACGGCCACAAGGCUGAUGCUGGAACUGGACAGCUCGAGAAGCGUCUGCUUCAAGAGGGUCGCGUUUUGACUGAGAAGGACCGUCACUUCUUGCAGGACAUGGAUGACACUGUGCGUCGCAAGACUCUUGCACUACUCUGGGCUUACCUAGCUCGCGUUGAGCUUGACGACCAGACUCUGAACGACGAAAAAUACCAGCUCGCCCCUACCGCUCUCACACUGAACGAGGCUUUUGUUUCUGUCUGUCUCGCCUAUGGCUUUACCAACCCCGUCCUCGCAUCCUACCGCACCUCGCAGAACCUGAUCCAAGCCGUUGCUCCCGAAUCGCCUCCUCUUCUACAACUUCCUCACUUCAACGAGAAGGUCGUCAAGGCUCUCGAAGACCAACUCGACCAACGCAGCCACCUGACCAUCCAAUCCUUUAUGAACUUCCCCGACGCUCGUCGUCGUGAACUCGCAACUUCUGCCGGUCUCUCCAAGGCUCAGCUCGACACUGCCAUCAGCGUUGCCUCUCAGCUUCCCCGUCUGGUCAUCGAGCGUACUUUCUUCAAGGUUACUGGCGAGAAGCACAUUAUCCCCAACUCUCUUGUCCAAUUUGUCGUCAAGGCCCGCUUCAUCCCUCCUGGUACCCGUAACAUCCCCGACGUCCACCCUUCAGACCUCGAAGACAUUGACCCCGACGAGACCGACACCAAAGCCAACUCGCGACCCGACCCUGCCGAGCAGAAGCAACACCAACCUCCUCUCGCACAUGCCCCUCACUUCUCUCGCGACCACUCUCCCCGCUGGCACCUGUUCCUCGCCGACGCGCGACAAGGAAAGGUUGCCGUGCCGCCCUUCACCUUUACCACUUUCGACAAGCCCAUCCUCGAUGAGUCUGGCAAGCCCACGUUCAACGUCCAGACUUUGAAGAUGCAGUUCCAAGCACCGCCCCAACCCGCCCACUACAAGUUCCAGAUGCACCUUGCGUGCGACAGCUACAUUGGCUUCGACGACAAGAGAGAUGUGAUUCUCUCUGUUGAGGACCCGAGUUCGAUCGAGGAGGCUGAGUGGGAGGAUGAGGAUAUCUCAGAGCCUGAAGAGGACUCGAUUGCAGGACAAAUGGCUACUCUGCGCGGCGGACCUACCAAGAAGACCACAAGCCCAAAGAUCAAGCAGGCCAAUGACGAUAGUGAUGAAGAGAGUGGAACAGACGAGGAGGAAGAGACGGAGAGUGAGACGGAUACCGACACUGAUACCGAUGAAGAGUAG